UAAACGGGAUGCAUUGAUCAUUAGGCAUUCGAAAAAGUUUUCCGCAGAUUCGUGAUGUCGCCAAAAUUGAUACUACUCUUCAUCGGCUUGUGCUGCUGCCUCAAAGAAACAUUGGGCCAUGGCAUGAUGUUAGAACCCCCAAAUCGUAGCUCCUUGUGGAGGUUCUAUCCCAAUGUGCCUGCGAAUUACGACGACGAUGGAAAUUUUUGCGGGGGAAUGACGGUUCAAUGGGAUACCUUCGGAGGCAAAUGUGGCGUAUGCGGAGACGUGUACAACCAACCUCACCCCCAAGAGAAUGAGAAUACUGGAAAAUAUGGCAAAUUUGGCGUGGUGAGGACCUACAAGGCUGGUAGUACCAUAGAUGUUGGUGUGCUUCUGACCACAAGCCAUCGAGGAAACUUCAAAUAUAGCCUAUGCGUUCUUGAAGAUCCAACAAAACCAGAAAGUGGAGAAGACUGCUUCCAACCUCUGACCUUGAGUGAUGGUAGCUCCCAGUAUAAUAUCCCCGGCGAAGAAAAUGACUCCUUCAAUGUGACCAACGCUGUUGUACUUCCCCCCAAUUUAACUUGUGACAGAUGCGUGUUAAGGUGGCACUACACUGCUGGCAACAACUGGGGUAAAUGUGAUGAUGGAACUUAUGCCGACGGAUGUGGCCCUCAAGAAACCUUCCGAUCUUGUUCAGAUAUCAGAAUUGAAGCUUAGCAAAUGAUAAACUAAUAUUGAACCAAUUAUGAGAAAAAUUUCACUGAUGUACAAAAUAAGUUAUUAAACUGAUUUAUUCGUA